CCGGUCGCCGCGCUUCGCCCGUUCCGGGCCGCGCCCAGGAGCUGCUGCCGCACCGCUGCGGAGACGCCGCUGCCAGCUUCAUCGCAGAGCGCGGCUCAGCCCGGCGUCAGCGCAGCCUCCGCCAGCCUCCGCCAGCCUCGUCUCCGCCAAACCCUUUCUCCCGGCCUCAUAUCCCCACCCCCACCCGCAGCCUGAUCCUCUCAAGCCUCAUCCUCUCCCAUCUUGACCUCCCAAGCCGGAUCGCCGCAAACCUGAUCCCUUCCAAACCUGAUUCCCUUUCCAGCUUGAUUCCUCCAGCCUGAUCCCUAACACUUGAUCCCCGUAACUUGUUUCCUCAAGGCCAGUUGACCCUCCUCUCAAUCCUGAUACCCCAAAGCUUGAUACCCCUAGCAUGAACCUCUCCAAAUGACCCUACCAGCCUGAUUCCUCCAAGCCUGUUCACUCUCCUAGCUUGUUUCUGCCCAAGACUGAUUCCUCACUCAGCCCCUGUCUUCUGCCUCGGUUUCUGCAUUGUCCCAUGCCAAGCUUGAUACCCUCCCAGAAUCAAAUUAUAUCCUCUGUUUCACCCCUUUCUCCCUCUGAUUAGCUUGAACCCCUAGUCCUCAGCUUCCAGCUUCAAUCCUGUAUCAUUAGCCCCACCCUCAGGGUCCAGGCCUUAGGCCCGCCCCAUCCCCUCCCCAUCCACUCUAUAGUCCAGCCUUCCUUCCCAGUGGCCCUCUUGCAGCCUCCCACCCAGGCUCCCUUGGGAGCCCCCUGGGCAGUCACCAACCUGCUUUCGAGGAGCUGGGACUGGUGCCCAGGAGGUGUGGACCACAGUCGCCAGUUCCCAGCUGGGUCCUGGGGAGACCGGGCACUGAGAGACACGUCUCUUCCAAGUGCAGCCCAGGGCAUGCUGGCAGCCCCGAGGGGCUGGGAGGCUCAGUUAGAGUCUAACCAGGUAGAUAGGGUUAGACCGCACAGGCGGAGACUCCCUCCCGCAUGGAAAGUGAGUGAGAAGCCAAGCACUUCACCAGCAUCUCCAUCCUCACCAGCCCCUCCAUCCUCACUGGUCCCCCAAUCCUCCAUCCUUGCCAGCCCCUCAUCCUUGCCAACCCCCAUCUUCACCAACCCCUCCAUUCUUGCCAUCUCUUGGCAUCUGCCCACCUUAACGCCACAUUUGUUCUGUCAAGGUCCGUGCCCCUCGCCUGCAGCUGCCAUGGAAGCUCCUGGGACCCUUUAGAAGGAGCCCCAGAGAAUGUCCAGCGGGGUCUCCCCAGCCGAGCAGGUGGCGGCAGGCGACAUGGAUGACACGGCAGCACGCUUCUGUGUGCAGAAGCACUCCUGGGACGGGCUGCGCAACAUUAUUCACGGCAGCCGUAAGUCGUCGGGCCUCAUUAUCAGCAAGGCCCCUCACGAUUUCCAGUUUGUGCAGAAGCCUGAUGAGUCUGGCCCCCACUCCCACCGUCUCUACUACCUGGGAAUGCCGUAUGGCAGCCGAGAGAACUCCCUACUCUACUCUGAGAUCCCCAAGAAGGUACGGAAGGAGGCCCUGCUGCUACUGUCCUGGAAGCAGAUGCUGGACCACUUCCAGGCCACACCCCACCAUGGUGUCUACUCUCGAGAGGAGGAGUUGCUCCGGGAGCGCAAGCGCCUGGGUGUCUUCGGUAUCACCUCUUAUGACUUCCACAGUGAAAGUGGCCUCUUCCUCUUCCAGGCUAGCAACAGCUUGUUCCACUGCAGGGACGGUGGCAAGAAUGGUUUCAUGGUGUCCCCUAUGAAGCCACUAGAGAUCAAGACCCAGUGCUCUGGGCCACGCAUGGACCCCAAGAUCUGCCCCGCAGACCCUGCCUUCUUCUCCUUCAUCAACAACAGUGACCUGUGGGUGGCCAACAUUGAGACAGGAGAGGAACGGCGGCUCACCUUCUGUCACCAGGGCUCAGCCAAUGUCCUAGACGAUCCCAAGUCUGCAGGUGUGGCUACCUUUGUCAUCCAGGAGGAGUUUGACCGCUUCACCGGAUGCUGGUGGUGUCCCACGGCCUCUUGGGAAGGCUCAGAAGGCCUCAAGACGCUGCGGAUCCUGUAUGAGGAAGUGGAUGAGUCUGAAGUGGAGGUCAUCCAUGUACCCUCCCCUGCCCUGGAGGAGAGGAAGACUGAUUCCUACCGCUACCCCAGGACAGGCAGCAAGAAUCCCAAGAUUGCCCUGAAGCUGGCUGAGCUGCAGACAGAUGGACAGGGCAAGAUCGUGUCAAGCUGUGAGAAGGAACUGGUGCAGCCAUUUAGCUCCCUCUUCCCCAAGGUGGAAUACAUCGCCCGGGCUGGCUGGACACGGGAUGGCAGAUACGCCUGGGCCAUGUUCCUGGACCGUCCCCAGCAACGUCUCCAGCUUGUCCUCCUGCCGCCAGCCCUCUUCAUCCCAUCCCCUGAGAAUGAGGCCCAGCGGCAGGCUGCUGCCAGAGCCAUCCCCAAGAAUGUGCAGCCCUUUGUCAUUUACGAAGAAGUUACCAAUGUCUGGAUCAAUGUCCAUGACAUCUUUCACCCAUUCCCGCAGGCCGAGGGCCAGCAGGACUUUUCCUUCCUCCGUGCCAAUGAGUGUAAGACUGGUUUCUGCCACCUGUACAGGGUCACUGUGGAUCUUAAAACCAGUGACUAUGACUGGACAGAACCCCUCAGCCCCACAGAAGAUGAGUUUAAGUGCCCAAUCAAGGAGGAGGUUGCGCUGACCAGUGGCGAGUGGGAGGUCUUGUCAAGGCAUGGCUCCAAGAUCUGGGUCAACGAGCAGACGAAGUUGGUGUACUUCCAAGGUACAAAGGACACACCCCUGGAGCACCACCUCUACGUAGUCAGCUAUGAGUCGGCGGGUGAGAUCGUGCGGCUCACCACGCCUGGCUUCUCCCACAGCUGCUCCAUGAGCCAGAACUUCGACAUGUUUGUGAGUCACUACAGCAGCGUGAGCACGCCACCAUGCGUGCAUGUGUACAAGCUGAGUGGCCCUGAUGAUGACCCACUGCACAAGCAGCCACGCUUCUGGGCCAGCAUGAUGGAAGCAGCCAACUGCCCCCCGGACUAUGUACCCCCUGAGAUCUUCCACUUCCACACCCGUGCCGAUGUGCAGCUAUACGGCAUGAUCUACAAGCCACACACCCUGCAGCCUGGAAGGAAGCACCCCACUGUGCUCUUUGUCUAUGGGGGCCCACAGGUGCAGCUGGUGAACAACUCUUUCAAGGGCAUCAAGUACCUGCGGCUGAACACUCUGGCAUCCCUGGGCUACGCUGUGGUAGUGAUUGAUGGUCGGGGCUCCUGUCAGCGUGGCCUGCGAUUUGAGGGCGCCCUGAAAAACCAGAUGGGCCAGGUAGAGAUCGAGGACCAGGUGGAAGGCUUGCAGUAUGUGGCUGAGAAGUAUGGCUUCAUUGACCUCAGCCGUGUUGCCAUCCAUGGCUGGUCCUAUGGUGGCUUCCUCUCCCUCAUGGGGCUCAUCCACAAGCCACAAGUGUUCAAGGUAGCCAUUGCUGGUGCUCCCGUCACUGUAUGGAUGGCUUAUGACACAGGGUACACAGAACGGUACAUGGAUGUCCCUGAAAACAACCAGCAAGGCUAUGAGGCAGGGUCUGUGGCCCUACAUGUGGAGAAGCUGCCCAAUGAGCCUAACCGCCUGCUCAUCCUCCAUGGCUUCCUGGAUGAGAACGUCCACUUUUUUCACACAAACUUCCUCGUGUCCCAGCUGAUCCGGGCAGGGAAGCCUUAUCAGCUCCAGAUCUACCCUAAUGAGAGACACAGCAUUCGCUGCCCCGAGUCUGGGGAGCACUACGAGGUGACCUUGCUGCACUUCCUGCAGGAGCAUCUGUGACCUCCGACCUCUGCCCUGAUGCUGUUGCUGCUUUUCUUGCGUUUUUGUAACCUUUUAGUUUUUGAAGCUUUCAAUUUGUUUGCUUGCUGCUGCUUGGGGUCCAGGACAGAGGCAGUGGAGGCCCCCAUGCUGCCUUCCUUGGGCUGGUUAGGAGGAGGCCACCACCAGGCCCACAGCUCUCACAGGGGCUGCCACAGUCCCAAACUUGCAGCACCAUCCCAACACAGAAGCAUGUGCCGCCCGCUGCCUGCCCCUGCAGAGUCGUGUGUGUUUGGGGAACAUUUUUAAUAAUUAUUUAAAAGACAGGAAGCGGUACCGAAAUAUGAAAUUGGUGGUACGGCACUGGGCAGCUGGGGAUUCCACGCCCUCCUGACGCCCAGACUAUGGAGCUGCCAAGCCUGUAUUCAUGGCGCCCUGUGCGCUACCUGUCCUUGCCCAACUCCUCCUCACUCACCGCCUGGGGCUGCCAGGGUCGGGAGUAGGACCUGUCCUGACCUCAGGGUUGUAGCCCUUUCCCACCCCCUCCCACCAGAGUUCGGGCAUAAAGAAGUAAAAACAACGAUAACAACAACAACAACAACAAAAAAAAAAAAAAAAAACCAAACAACCCAGAACCACCUCUACAUAUUAUGGAAAGAAAAUAUUUUUGUCAAUUCUUAUUCUUUUAUAAUUAUGUGGUAUGUAGACUCAUUAAACGAUUCCAGAUGGAAAUGGUGCUGUGUGAGGCCUGAGGGACUGAGGGGCUGCAGGGUGCCCUAUAGGACCUGCGGGGGAGGUUGCUGGGCUGGGAGGAGGUUACGGGGUCACUGAGGUGCAUAGGAUACCCUGUAUAGCCUCCAUCCCAGCCCUCAGGAGGUGGAGGCCACAGGGUCAGGAGUUGAAGGUCAUCCUUGGAUGUUUGAAACCCUGUCUGAAAAACAUUUUAAUUGUUGAAAUUAUUCUUUAAAGGUGUAUUAUUUUUAA